UUGCGGCUUCUUUUCUGCCGGCAGAUCGACCUGACUUUUUUCGACUUCUCGCAAUCGCACACUGUCCUCGCUGUGCAACUCGCGCUCUACAACCUCAAACACAAUGAAGAUCAUCGAGCCCCAAUCAGCAGCCCUCACAAACAUCGAAGUAUUAGCCUACCUAACAGCCAACCCACCACGACGACCUCCGAAUCCUCCUCCGAAUUCAAGAAAUUGGGUGCCCAGCCCUGACCUCCGUGACCAUAACACGGUUGUUAAGGAAAUCCACAAUUAUGUAACCCGCCUCUCACCUCAUCUACUGAAUUACCCACGCUACGUACAUGAGGGACAGCUGCAAUCAGCAUCGGCAACGGCAUCAGCGCCCGCUCAGCCUUCCUCGGACUCGACAGAGCAACAAUUACAAGUACAGCAAUUAAGACCGAUAGACCACACGCCCACGCCGCUGGAUCAUGCGAUUCGGUCUCUGAUAGCGCGGUUGAAGCCGUUCAAACUUACCAAGGCUGAGGUGUUGAUGAUUGUUAAUCUUGGUGUGGGAUUGGGGAAUGGUCCGCCUGCGGAUGAGUAUGGACAGGAACAGGAUCAGAUGGAGGUAGACGGGGUUGUCAAUGAGGAUGCUGAUGUGAAUGGGGAGCAGGGAGACGGGGAAGGGGGAGAAGAAGAUGGAGAUGAAACGGGUGCAUAUGCUGAGGGAGAAGAGGCAGGAGAAGCUGAAGCUCAGGAUGGUGUCGCUGAGGGCGAUGAAGAGGGGGAGGGGCUUGCGGAGGAGGAUUACGGUGCUCUUGCUUUGCUUGACACUGUUAUUGAGGAGAGGGAGGAGAGACUUUCUACGGCGGAUGUUGGGAAGAUCUUGGCUAUUAUUCGGGAGUGUUUGGGGCAGGAUGAGGGUUUGCAGGGGCAUUCUAAUGGGUGAUGUAUUUCUUGAGUCUUGAGGUUUGUGGUUUUUUCUGUGUACAUCCAUCUAGCGUUUUAGGGCAUGAGACAAAAAUUCUUUGGCAAG